GGCUGCUGAAGCGGACUCGGAGCUGAACUCACUCCACAUUUUACGCACGGCUGUCAACACCGAGCGCUACGGCGGAGUGCGUAAAGAAAGAAAGAAAGAAGAAGAAAAAGAAGCGCCUUUAUUCAUCUCAACCUCCCGAGACUUAAAAAAUAAAUAAAGGAGAAACCCCGGUGGAGCACACGGAGCGGACCGGGGCACAUGGAAACGCUAUGCGGCUGGAAAGACAGCGGUGGACUUGAUCAUAGUUUCACUCGAGAGGAGGCAAAGUGAGGCGAGAUCAACAUGCUCAGCCCGAUGCUGGCCUGCGCGCUGCUUGUGCUGCUGCUCUGUCGGAUCUCUGCCUGCCAGUACUCCAGCGACCAGUGCAGCUGGAAGGGCAGUGGUCUGACCCAUGAAGGCCACACCAGGGACGUGGAGCAGGUGUACCUGCGUUGCUCCCAAGGCUCUCUGGAGUGGCUCUACCCGACAGGGGCCAUCAUCGUCAACCUCCGACCCAACACGGUCUCCCCCGCCGCCGCUCGGCUCUCCGUCUGCAUCAAACCUUCCACAGACUCCAGUGGCACAAACCUCUACCUGGACCGUAAUGGCAAGCUGCGUUUGCUGCUGCGUGAGCAGGACCAGGCUCAGGGCAAAGUGCACUGUUUCAGCAUUCAAGAAGGGGCGCUUUUCAUUGAGGCCGUCCCGCACAUGGACAUCAGCCGGCGGAUUACAGCAUUUCAGUAUGAGCUGGUCAGCGACCGGCUUGGAGCAGAGGCACACUCACUUGGUGCACCCUGUCAGCCCUGCAAUGAUGCUGAGAUGCUUCUAGCAGUCUGCACCAGUGAUUUUGUAUCACGAGGCAGUAUUAAGAAGGUGGACCAGGAAGAGGAGCAAACAUCAGUCACAGUUGAGAUCAGUCGCCUGUACAGACAGAAAACCCAGGUUUUUGUAUCUGGGGGUGUGAGGGUACGGCGCUGGACUGGACGUAUCAAGAUGCCUCGUCAGUGCGGGGUGAGGUCUGGUGAGGGAGAGUUCCUCUUCACUGGGACGGUGAGGUUUGGGGAGGCCUGGAUGGGCUGCGCCCCACGCUACAAAGACUUCCUGCGGCUGUAUCAUGAGGCGCAGCAGCAGGGGAACAACCCCUGUCACAUGGACGUAGACUGACCAGGGUACCGGCCCGCUUUUGAAAACAGAACAAGUCCUCACUGAGUGGGGAGGAGAGCUGAACCAAGCGUUCACGCUGAGGAGAGACUGACAGACUGGCCCGGUGGCAGAGCCUCUCUCCUCUCCUGCUGUUUCGUGACAAUGGACGGAGCUCCUGAAUGUUGCCGAGCAGCAUACUAGUUGUACUCAAAGUUGAACGUGAUGCAACGUGGAAUGUGUUUGGAUUGCCUUUCUCGCACACGAGGAACUGCAAGGUUUUAAAUGUAGCAGACCCCAUUUGUUUUUUUCUGUUUUUUUAUGUGUAUAAAAUGUGAAUGAAUAUUGUACAUUUUGAAGCUCUCCGUGCUUUGUAAAAAGCUUGAUGUACAGUUUUGAAUUUAUUUCUUACGACAGAAAUGUAUAAAGUGAAAGACUCUUAUUUUGUUUAAAAAAUGAUUUGCAAUUUAAUGCCUGAACUUAGUGUGUUUUUUCAGGCUGUACAAUUGUAAUA